GUAUGCAUGUAUGUAUAUAGAAUAUGAGGGGUUUAGUUCACUGGUGAUCUAAACGAAAAGGUAUGCUGUGUAAGUGCUAUAAAUGGUCAUCCGUUAGAUUCCAAGCUCACACCUGAGGCUGGAGCUAGGAAUCCGUAGAAAGGCUUCCGAGUCAGCAGAGAUAACCAUAAACACUCAACAUGCCUGAAGUAUUCUACAAAGACCCUGCAGGAUAUGAACUGCUCAGUUAUGACUACAAUGGCUUUCUGGUUCCACCAUUCCCAAAUGUUCACGAAAAUCUUGAAAAACUUCCUGAUAUGGCCGUAAGAAGUGAUGAUGUUUUUCUUCUAGGCUACAUGAAAGCAGGUUGUCAUUGGAUGUGGGAAAUAACAGGAAUGCUUCUGAAAGGCUCUGCUGAAUACAGCCUACAGGAUAAAACUGCUGCAAUGCUGGAGAGAGCUCCGCAAGCCAGUCUCGCUCAACUUCCACCACCCAGAGUCCUAAACAGUCAUCUCCAUCUGCAUCAUCUGCCGCGAGAGAUAUUUACCAAAAAACCGAAAAUGGUUUUCAUGAUCCGCAACCCUCGCGACAUUGCUGUUUCUUCGUAUCAUCAUUUGUUUCAAAUGGCAGAAUUGUAUCACUACGAUGGAGACUGGAACGGUUACUUUAAUCUGAUUAUGGAAGGCAAAGUAAAUUAUGGCAACUGGUUUCAAUAUAUGCUACAGUGGGAGAAGGAUAUCAAAGACCACCCUGAAUUACCCAUCCUUAUACUUAGGUAUGAAGAUGUUAAAAAGGAUCCAAUUGAUAUCAUUACUAAACUAGCUGAAUUUUUAGAACUUCCUCGAAAUGACCAACUUUUCCAAGACAUUGCUGACAAAUGUUCUUUUUCCAAAAUGAAAGCUGCCAAACCACCCUAUAUUUCUCAGUUCCGUUCACCCACUGCAUCUCUCUUUCGUAAAGGUACAGUUUUACUAAUUUUUUAAUUUCAUUUCUUGUGU